CUUAUAUGCGUUCCUCCUGCUCUGUAAUCACGAGGGGAUUUUUGUGAACAUAUUGGAAGUUUUGGAUGAUAGAGACAGAAAGUCAGUAUCCAAGAAGCCUCAGAUCAGAUCUCGUGGUCAAAAGGAGCACCUCUAUUACCAUGAGGAUGGAUCGGCCACUGCUGACACUCAUUUUCAUAGUGCAAGCAGGUACUGUUUGUACAAUGGAAAAGGUUACCCAGAUAAUAGGAAAGAAAGGAGGAGCUGUACAUCUGCCAGCCAUUGUGCCACCUAAAUUUAAUACCAGGGACGUCUUUUGGAGACAUUUGUCACCUACAGAUCACUUGGUGGCUUCCUUUUCCCGAGGAUCAUUCGACACAACAUAUCAGUCUUGGUUCUACGAGAGAGUCCAGCUUCUUCACAACUUUACUUUGGUUAUCCUAAAUCUAGAACUGGUGGACACUGGGAUAUUCACUUGUCAAAUGGUGGACACCAAUGGACACAUGAGGCUUCAUCGGUUCCACCUAAUAGUCUACGUGGUGGUGAAGCCAGAAGUCCAGGUGUAUACAUCCAAAGGAACCGCAGACUGUUCUGUGUUUUUGGCUUGCAAUGCAUCCACAGGAAACAAUGUGACAUACGGCUGGACGACCGACACUGGAGAAGGUCGUCCUCUAAACAGAACUUUUAUGUUACAUGACAACAGUCGCCUUCUUAAGGUUCUUCUUAAUCUAAGUGAUCAGGAGGUUUCCUUUACAUGUAUGGUAGCAAACCCGGUCAGUCAAGAGAAAACAGUCGUAACUCCUUGGAACAAUUGUUUCGUAAAACAGGGAACUGAUGUUGGUUUCUUCAGUGGGAAAGUCGUCUUGGUUAUUGGGAUCUUUCUUGUGGUCACAUUUGCUGUCUUGAUGUUCUUAGUCUUCUUGUUGACCAGAUUCUCUGGUAAAAACAACUUUAAAAACAGAAGAAAAAAGACUUAUCAAAGGACAACUUCACAACUCAAUGAAGAGACUGGAGGUCAAGAAGAAGACUUGAGACUACAGAACAGUGACGUGAGAUCACUACAAAGAGAGACAACUUUGUAGCAUAAAAGAGACAAAGGUCAUAGGAGAGACAGAUCUAAUUAAGAGGAGACAUGGGAUUGGUGGUAGAGAAGGAGACUUCACAAUAUACUGCAAUGCUGCUGAGCCAGUGGAUCUAAGACAAUUAUAUGUGAUCCUGUGCUGAUCAGUUAGUGUAUCUAAGUCUAUCAAGUGUGAUGCUGCCUUUUGAAGCAGCAUAUCUAAAUCUUUCACGUGUAAUACUGUCUACUAAGCCACUGUAUCUACGCCUCUUAUGUGUGAUACUGUCUCCUGACCUGUUGUAUCUAAGCCUAUCAUUUUUUUAUACUGUCUCAGGAAACCACACAGCACUACAUUCCUCCUGUUAAGCAGUUUUAGAAAAUGUUUGUAAAAUUUGUAUAAUGGUGGUAAUGUUAUAUUGCAUCAUGUUGAUAUGGUGACAAGUAUAAAUUUUAUUUUUCUA